AGAAGAAAAAAGUUAGUAUAAUUUAUAUUAUCUUCCAGUUGUAGCAUGUGCAUGAUUUAGAGGUAGACACGAUUUCGAGUUUUUGUAUGAUUAAUAUAGGAAAGGUAUUGAGUGAUGAAUAAUAAAAUGCGAAUUGUGAAGAAGGAAUAUCCAAACGCAUAAAACGGAUUUAGGAAGGAAAAAACGAAUAUUCUGGGGGGGCGAUUCCGGCCUUCUAGGCUCCUUAAAUACCCUUUGUCCAACCUCUUUCCCUCACAACAAAUUCGACAAUUCCAAUUGUAUCCUCUCCUCCUCUCUCGCUCUCCGUCUCCCUCUCUACAUCCACAAUGGCCCUCAAAGCCGUUCACGUCUCCGACGUUCCCAAUCUCGAUUGUGUCCACGACAAUGCAUCUUUCUCUCUCUACCCUUCGCGCUUCUCCAAAGGUGUGGACAUUGAGAGGGCAACGUCGUUUAAGGUGCCGAAAUUCCUGGUGAUCGGGCAUAGGGGGAACGGGAUGAACAUGUUGCAAUCAUCGGAUUUGAGGAUGAAGGCAGUUAAAGAGAAUACGAUCCUAUCGUUCAAUACUGCCGGAAAACACGCCGUUGAUUUCAUCGAGUUUGAUGUUCAGGUGACAAAGGAUGGCUGCCCCAUCAUUUUUCAUGACAACUUCAUCUACUCUGAGGAAAAUGGAGCAAUUUAUGAGAAGAGAGUCACAGAAUUGUCGCUGUCCGAGUUCCUCACAUACGGUCCUCAGAGAGAGCUUGGUUUGGAGGGGAAGACAUUGUUGAGGAAAACAAAGGAUGGAAAAUAUUUAAAUUGGGCAGUUGAAUCCGAUGAACCUGCUUGCACUUUGCAGGAGGCAUUCGAGAAGGUUAACCCUUCUUUGGGCUUCAACAUUGAAUUGAAAUUCGACGACUACAUUGCUUAUCAGCAACAGCAUAUAACCGAUGUGUUACAAGAUAUAUUGCAAGUCGUUUUUGAUCAUGCCAACGAACGCCCAGUUAUAUUUUCCACCUUCCAGCCCGAUGCUGCUCUCGUAGUAAGGAGACUCCAGAACACCUACCCUGUGUUUUUCCUCACUAAUGGGGGGAAUGAGAUCUAUGAAGAUGUAAGAAGAAAUUCCUUGGAGGAAGCCCUCAAACUAUGUUUGGAUGGUGGUUUGCAAGGGAUUGUCUCUGAGGUGAGGGGCAUCUUUAGGAAUCCGGGAGCAGUCAAGAAAAUCAAAGAACUAAAGCUCUCUUUGCUCACAUACGGCAAAUUGAAUAAUGUGGCUGAAGCUGUGUAUAUGCAACAUUUGAUGGGGGUGGACGGGGUUAUCGUGGAUCUGGUGAGGGAGAUAACGGAAGCUGUGUCGAAGAUGAUGAGGCCGAGGGGCGAUGUUGAGGAGAAGAUUGUAAUGGAGGGAGAGGAGCAAGUUAUAGUUGAGGGGAGCAGGCCCCAAUUCUCACAAAGGGAGCUGGAAUUCUUGUUGAAGCUCAUUCCUGAGUUAAUUCAGCAAUAAUAAUGAUACACACCACCACCAUUGUAUACUAGGUGAUUUGAGGGAUUAGUCUUGUGUUUCUGUGUGUGUGUGUGUGUGUCUUUUGGGGGAAGGUCUGUAGUUUCUUACAAUGCACAUAAUUCUUUUUUCUUCUUUUCUAUUUUAUGGGUCUACUCCUUUUUAACUUGGGAGGAUAGUUAGCAAUGAGAAUAUGGUGCUCUAUUUGUAUCAUUACUUGGAUUAUGUCUAGUCAUUUUCUAGUUGUAUGUCCUAACUCUUUACUCUCUUUUCUUAUUCGGGUUUUAAUGUCCCCCUCUGUGUAAUGUAACAUCUGUAGGGGCAAAUUUUUAUGACAUUUUCUCUCUAAUUUGACAAAA